UCGCCAAAUCCUCGGUUUUCGAGUUCUUUACUCUUCUCUGCCGAGAGAGGGGAGAGGAAGACUGCUUUCCUGUGAGUUUGAGGAUGGGAAAGCGUUGAUGAUAGAAAGUUGGUUUUUUUGGUGUUGAAACUCAGAAGCAAUCCCAUGUUGCUUGACAGAAGACGCUCUUCUUUGCACACAUUGCUCAAAAGCGGCUUCUCUCCCACUCUAGAAUCAAUCAACCGAUUCUUGCUCUUUCUUCUCCGACUCCGGAAGUUCGACUUAAUCGUGCAUUUCUUUUCCCAGUUAAACUCGAACGGAAUUGAAGGUAACCAUCGAGCUCAAUCGGUCUUUACUUGGGCUCUCCUCAAAUCUCACAAAUUCGAUGAAGCAGAGCUGCUAAUGAAGAACCGCAUUAUGGAGUCGACUCGAAUGUGGGAUGCUCUAAUUCAAGGCUUUUCCACCACCCGAGAAGAUCCUGAAAGAGCAUUCUAUGUGUUAGAGGAUUGUUUGAGGAACCGUAAUGUCUUGCCUUCUUCUUUCACUCUUGGCUCAAUAAUUCAUAGACUGAGCUCCCAGGGUAACAUGGGAAAGGUAAUUGAUGUUCUGGAAUUGAUGGCCGAUGCGAAAGUCAAUUACCCGUUUGAUAAUUUUAUUUGCAGUUCGGUGAUUUCGGGGUUUUGUAAGAUUGGGAAACCGGAACUUGCUCUUGGAUUUUUUGAGAACGCGGCAAGUUCUGGAGCUUUGCAACCCGAUGUUGUGACUUACACCGCACUUAUAAGUGCUCUUGGUAAGUUAGGAGAUGUCAAAAAGGUGAGUGGCUUCUUGGCGAAGAUGUUAAAAGAUAGGCAAGAACCCAAUAACGUCACAUAUACCGCAAUUAUAGCGGCGUAUUGUUUGAAGGGAAAAUUAGAGGAAGCUUUGACUGUUUUCAAAAACAUCGAUGCUUUGGGAAUUGAAGCAGAUGAAUUUAUGUUUGCAACCUUAAUUAAUGGGUUCGGCCAGAGAGGGGAUUUCGAUCAUGUAUUCCACCUGUUGGAUGAAAUGGAGAAGAGGGGGAUUAGUGCUAGUAUUGUUACGUAUAAUACUGUAAUCAAUGGAUUAUGCAAGUUUGGGAGGACGUCCGAAGCUGAUGAAUUCUCAAAAAUUGUACCUGCAGACAUCGUUACAUAUAGUACCCUGCUUCAUGGUUAUGCUGAGGAAGAGAACAUUCCAGGGAUUUUGCAAACGAAGAAGCGACUAGAAGAAGCUCGAAUCUCUAUGGACGUUGUGAUGUGUAAUGUGCUUGUAAAAGCACUAUUUGUGCUGGGAGCAUUUGAAGAUGCUUACGCAGUUUACAAGUGGAUGCCAGAAAUGGGUUUGGUUGCAAACUCUGUUACUUUUUGCACAAUGAUUGAUGGGUAUUGCAAAAUAGGUAGAAUUGAUGACGCAUUUGAGAUAUUUGAUGAAUUCAGAAAGACUUCAAUUUCUUCACAUGCAUGCUACAAUAGUAUUAUCAGUGGCCUCUGCAAGGAAGGUAUUGUGGAAAUGGCCACUGAGGCAUUUAUUGAACUUAACGAUAAAGGACCAGUGUUGGAUAUAGGUAUAUAUAGGAUGUUAAUGCAGGCAAUUUUUAGAGUAAAAGAUGCUAAAGAGGCUUUAAAAUUAAUUUACAGAAUGGAAGCUUUAGGGCCAGGCAAGUAUAAUACCAUAUGUAAUGAUUCUAUCUUCUUAUUAUGCAAAAGAGGAUUGGUCGAGGAUGCGAAUCAACUGUGCAUGAUGAUGAGGAUGAAAGGCUGUUCCCUCACAAGCAAGUCUUUUUUUACGAUAUUGAGAAGGCUUAUUAGUGAUGGAAAAUUAGAGAAAAGCCUGCCUCUCUUGAACGGUUUUAUAAAAGAAUACGGCAUAAAUGAACCCAGGGUUCAUAAGAUUGUUGCACAGUAUCUUUGUCAGAGGGAUGUUGAUCGUGCCUUUUGGUUUCUUGCAAAAACAACGAAAAACUCUUCAGCUGCCUCUUUUCCUGUCUCUUUACUGAAGGUUUUCAUAAAGGAAGGAAGAGCUUUAGAUGCAUAUAGGCUUAUCAUGGAGGGUCAAGAUUAUUUACCGGCCAUGGAUGUUGUUGAUUAUUCUACUGUGAUUGAUGGGUUAUGCAAGGGAAGAUAUGUAAGUAAAGCAUUGGAUCUUUGUAUCUUUGCUGAAAAAAAGGGGAUUACAUUGAACAUAGUAUCAUAUAAUUCAAUUAUUAAUGGACUGUGCAUUGAUGGACGUCUUAUUGAAGCAUUUCGUCUAUUUGAUUCAUUGGAGGAAAUCGGUCAGACUCCCUCUGAAAUAACUUAUGCUACAUUAAUCUAUGCUCUAUGUAGAGAAGGAUAUUUGCUAGAUGCCAAUCAUGUUUUCAGGAAAAUGGUUCUGAAGGGAUUUCAACCAAAAUUACAAGUUUACAAUUCAUUGCUUGAUGGUAUUUCUAAGAUUGGUCAACUGGAGGAGGUCUUAAAGAUUUUAGAUGAUAUGGAGACAAAACUUAUUCAACCUGACCAUUUUACUGUCAGUGCUGUAAUAAAUUGCUACUGCCAGAAGGGUGACCUUGAAGGCGCCCUUGCAUUCUUUGAGAAGUUCAAGAGCAAGGACAUAUUACCUGAUUUCUUAGGCUUCUUAUAUUUGAUAAGAGGUCUGUGUGCCAAAGGGAGGAUGGAAGAAGCCAGGAGUAUAUUGAGAGAAAUGCUCCAGAUCAAACCUAUAGCUGAGCUGAUUAACAUUAUGGAUAGCGAGGUUGAGACAGAGUCUAUAAGCGAUUUUCUUGUUUUCUUGUCUGAACAAGGACGAAUUGAAGAAGCUGUUAGAGUUCUUAAUGAAAUUGCAUCUAUACUUUUUCCUGCUCAGAGGUGGUCAACAUCUAAUCAAUUAUCCAUAAACAGCUGAAGGUUUGUGAAGGGAAGAGUUUUGGUUCAGAUCUUAAAGUUUUGUGCCGUCAUCUCACAAAAUUGAUUUGGAUGUUGGAUCUUGUGAUGCUGUCAAUGGAAGCGAUGCAUUUACAACUCAAGGCAGUCGCAUGGCAAGACCUCAGUUGUAUGACUUCGACUUCUACUAUUCUGGGAUUGCUGCACUCUGUUCCCGGGGGGACCUGCAGGAAGCUAGUCAGUUAGCAAAAAAGUUGCUCUCUGACCUGACAGGGUCUACAAGCUAAAUUAAAGGAGGAAGUUGGAAGUAAAAUUUCAUUUGAUGGAAAGAAUCCCCUCCGUGGUCUGUAAACAGAGAAGUCAUGCAGUUGAAACCUGCAGCUUUUGGUGCUAUAUUUCACCAUUCUUCGAUUCGAGUAUCCUUAAGAGGCUCUGCUGUUUCUACUGCUCAGCAUGAUAUGGUAUCUCAUGAAAAGUGUCUAUCAGAUUGCCAGGUGGACUCAGCAGUCUGUAAGUGUGUGCGUGCGAGUGUUUGUUUUGUUGGGAAAGUUUGAACCCUUAGCCGCCCCACUCUACCCUUGCCACUUGAGCUAGCUUCAAGUGUCUAGUGUUGCUAUGAAAUUUACUCACGAGA